UUUUUUUUCUUGCCUCUCCUCUCUCUCUCUCUCUCUCCUCUCCUCGCCCCUGUGUGGCAUCGAGGCGGCUGCCUGCGCUCGCCCUGCGGGGGCUCCCGGGCAAGAGAGCGCCUGUGCCCACCCCCCCCCGGGGCCCGGUGCGGCGGCGGCGGGGUGCGUGUGUGCGAGGCGCGGGGUGCGUGCGCGGUUUUAGGGGGGGUGGGGGUUGUGUCUGAACCGGUUAGGAAGAAUGACUCUGGAGUCCAUCAUGGCGUGCUGCCUGAGCGAGGAAGCCAAGGAAGCCCGGCGGAUCAACGACGAGAUCGAGCGGCAGCUGCGCCGGGACAAGCGGGACGCCCGCCGGGAGCUGAAGCUGCUGCUGCUGGGCACAGGAGAGAGUGGCAAAAGCACGUUUAUCAAGCAGAUGAGAAUCAUUCAUGGAUCGGGUUACUCUGAUGAAGACAAAAGGGGCUUUACAAAACUGGUGUACCAGAAUAUAUUUACAGCAAUGCAGGCCAUGAUCAGAGCCAUGGAUACACUCAAAAUCCCAUACAAGUAUGAACAUAACAAGGCUCAUGCACAGUUAGUUCGAGAAGUCGAUGUAGAGAAGGUGUCAACUUUUGAGAACCCAUAUGUAGAUGCGAUAAGAAGCUUAUGGAAUGACCCUGGAAUUCAGGAGUGUUAUGAUAGACGACGGGAGUAUCAGUUAUCAGAUUCAACUAAAUACUAUCUUAAUGACUUGGACCGCAUAGCAGAUUCCACCUAUCUGCCAACUCAGCAAGAUGUGCUCAGAGUUCGAGUCCCAACAACGGGGAUCAUUGAAUAUCCAUUCGACUUACAAAGCGUCAUUUUCAGAAUGGUGGAUGUAGGAGGCCAGCGAUCAGAAAGAAGAAAAUGGAUACAUUGCUUUGAAAAUGUCACAUCUAUCAUGUUCCUAGUAGCUCUUAGUGAAUAUGAUCAAGUGCUUGUGGAGUCAGACAAUGAGAAUCGAAUGGAAGAAAGCAAAGCACUCUUUAGGACAAUUAUCACAUAUCCAUGGUUCCAGAACUCUUCAGUCAUUCUGUUCUUAAAUAAAAAAGAUCUCUUAGAGGAGAAAAUUAUGUACUCCCAUCUAGUUGAUUAUUUUCCAGAGUAUGAUGGACCACAGCGAGAUGCACAAGCGGCACGAGAGUUCAUCCUGAAGAUGUUCGUAGAUCUGAAUCCAGACAGUGACAAAAUUAUCUACUCCCACUUCACGUGCGCUACAGACACAGAGAACAUCCGCUUCGUCUUUGCUGCUGUCAAGGACACGAUCCUACAGUUAAACCUGAAGGAGUACAACCUGGUCUAACUGUGCCUAGGAGGCCCUCCAAAACCAACUUUGCGUGAUUGAAGAUAUACAAGAGGGACUGUAUUAUCUGUGAAAACAAUUUGCAUAAUACUAAUUUAUUGCCGGCCUGGACUCUGUGAAUGUCCACAGAGUUUGUAGUUAAUAUUAUGAUUUUAUUUAAACUAUGUGGAGGAAAACCAAAAGAUGCUGAAGUACAUUCACAGCACAUUUCCUCAUUUUUUAGGCAAAACCUUGUGACUCAGUGUGUUUUAAAUUCUCGGUCGUACAUUUACAAAGGAUAGCAGUUUUUUUGCUAUUGAAGCAAAAUCAAGCUGGUUUCCUCUUUCCCUGACCCUUUCUAUCUCCCUCCUUCCCCUCCCCGCCUUAUCUUUUUCAAGGUACAAUGGCCUUUUUUCCCAGUUGCAUUCCUGGGUGAAAUCUUUUCUGUUGAGUGAUUUGGUCAGGAAAAUACUAUCAUCAGAAUUUAAGUCAUCAGUCAUUUUAAUUUUACAAUAUGUACUAUCUCUGAAGGAUCAAAAGUAUUGAUACUGUGAUGUUUAAGUUCUUGACAUGAGUGUCUUCAUUCUGUCUUCACUUUUGGGACUAGAAUAUUGGGAUUGCGAACUAGAAUUACAGUUGUCUAAGGAUAAUAAAUUUAACCAUAUUUUCAUAGGUUAGAAAGGUGCACAGAAGACAGUAAUGAAAUAAUUAAGACACAACCUGGGUUGUAUGUGGAAUAUGUUAGAAUCUCUUUUUAAUUGCCAUGUGCCAUUUUUUUCUCUCUUCUUUUAUUCACAAAUGCCAAAUAGAAAUGUCAUAGACACUACAUUUCCCCCAGUGGCUACAGCCUGAAACAGUGGGGUUUUUUUCAGUUGUGUGGGGUUUUUUUCUUAAGUUAGAGCUUUUUUAAGUGUUCUUUUUUCCACAGUAGAAGAAUUAUUUUUAUUGUAUAAAAUUAACAUUGCCAAAUCUGGCUUUUUAUAAAACCAAUACUCUUGAAACAUAAGAUACUGAUUGAAAUGCCAAACUGAUGGGUUGGGAACUGACCUGAUUGAGUCAACUGCCAAAUGACAAACACAGUUUCAGCUCAUAUGUUCCCUUUUUUAGAAAGUGUUCCAUUUUCUAAUGCCAAAACCAACAGUGUGAGUGAACAAGGUGCACCGUGCAUGUGGUCUACCGAUUUAAAGACAGUUUAAAUCUCUCCUUAUGUCAGAUAUGGCAUGGGAUUGUUUUCUGUAAUAAUACCAAGGCACCUUUAGUUGUAUAACAAGAAACAAGAUGAGAGAUCGUGUUCAGGAACCUUUCUUGAUAAGGUUGCUUGUUAACUAACUGAUUCACAGACAUUUGAUAGGCUUUCAUGCAAAAUAGCCUCUCUCAAUGUUCUUUAGAAAAGAUUUAUUAAUGUAAAUGAAUCAGAAAAUCAUUCUUGAAAUUUAAAUGUGCAAUUUUUUAACAACAAAAAUGCAGCACACAUUGAUGAGCCUUUAUUCUGCAGCUUAGGUUGAAAGGUGUUUUUUGACUAGGUGCAUGAUUGCUAGCAAGCUAUAGGAAACUCAGAGUUCUGACAUGUAAUUGGAUUGAUUAUCUGCAAUGCCAAGUAGCACUAGAGUGCACUUAACACAGAAAUUGCUGCCUCAUAGCAGCGGAUGGGAGGUGGAAAAAAGAAUGGCUUAUUAGUUGAUUACCAAAGUUAACAAUAAAUACUAAUGAGACGUUUUUCAUCCUUAACCCUCCCAAAUCCAAAACAACAAUUGUAAGAACAGUUGCUAUUUUUUGCUCCCUCUUAAAACACCUUGUAAUUUAAAACUGGUUGUAGGUAUAGUGCAAUUAUGAAUGCUAUAAUCAUUGUACAUACAUCUAUAUAUAUAUAUGGCAGCAUCCAUAUUGGCUUUGUAAUCAUUAAUUUUUGGCAAAUUGAAUGUGCUGUAUUGAUAUGUAUCUAUGUAAUUGUAUUGUAUGUCUUAUAGCUAAUUCACAUUUUAAAUAAUGUUAUUUUAUUUACUUUUUUAAGAGAGAAGAAUGUAAAUUUUGUCAGUUUAUUUCUGACUAGGGAUUUGUUGUUGUUUUUUAUUUACAAAACAAAAAAAUAUUACUAUAGUACAGAGCGGUACUAGCAUCGUGCUGUAUAAAAUCAUUUGCACAUUCCUGAGUAGAAGUAAAUUGGAGACACCCAGACAGAGGCCAUUCACAUUCAAAAUAACACCUAAAUCUUGUCAGGUCUUUAUACAGGUGUAGAAACCUGUCUUAGAUGAACUUAAGCCAUUAUAUCUAGGAUUGGAACCUAAGCUUUUAAGUAUAAAUUUAAUUUAUAUUUGGCAGAUUCAUGUUAGGUUACUUUUACUUUUCUAAGAGGCCUUAUUAGAAAAGUAAAUUUAGAGGUAUUUCAAAACAUUGUACAUACGUACUAAUUAGCAUAUGCUAUGGCCCUAAAAAUACUGUGAGAAAAUACAGAACAUCAGAUCAAUCAAACAGUCUUUCAGAAACUGCAGAAAUCUUAGAUAUAACAACAACAACCAAAAAGUCACUAUUGUUAAUGAUUUUAAGAAGUUAAAGCAUUUUAUUUAAUAAAGCUAAAGCAGGUAGAUUUAGGUUAUAAAAAGUGACACUGACAUUCUGAAUAGGGGAUAAGAGCAGUGACUCUGCAUACAGCAUAGCAAAAUUGGUCCUGGUCUUGCUAUACAUGCAACAGAGCUUCUGUUUUCACAGUUCCACUGUUAAUAAUAUCCCGUCUUUUAACGUGGGAAUACAUUGCCAACGCUGGAUUCGUGCUAUAAAUGGAACUGUAGCAAAAAAGAAAAAAAAAAGAGAAAAAAAAAAAAAAAAAAGA